ACCGGUGCGUCAAACAAACACGUUGUGAAAAUUCAAAUUUGCUGGACAGUUCCGGAAAAAUUAUGACAAAAUACUAAAUGUCAUAUACAAAUGGUGUUUCUAAAUAUAGACGCAGACACGGAUCUAAAUCAAGUGACAAUUGUAAGUGCAAUAAAAGUGGGUGUUAUUAAUUUCGCAGUACACAUACAACUGGUUAUCUCUGCGGUUUGGAAUGAAAUUCUGACAUUCAGUGUGCAAGGCCAAGUUCUGACAGCCUUGGUUUGUUUGUUGAUCAUCAAUAUUUUGCUGAUCAAUAUUUUCUGGAGGGUGUACAGACCCAUCAUCUGUAACCCGGAAAUUGCAGGUCUUGUUGCAAAGUACUCAGACCUAAGAAAGAGAAAGGAAGGGCAGGAUCAAGCACACCAGCAGUAGAGACGUUGAAAUGUCAUUUUUCAAGAAGUUCUUUCAAAAGAAGAAACUUGAUGUCAAAUUUAAGAAAGCUGGUGAGGGACAUCGUCUUAAUGAGGAGCGGCCUUCUCCCAGCCGGCAGAAUGUUGCCAGUAACCAUGGUAACCAGGGGGCCAGUGGGGCGAGUCACCAAGAAAACCCGCGACCUUGUAGCACUGCCAGUAGCAGGAUCUCCAGUGCUGACUACGAGCGUUCACUGUCAGAAGAGAAGAGAUUGGCAGCAGAGGCAGCACUAGCUAGGAGCCAAGCACAGAAUAAAAAGGUUCCGGACAGCACGAUGGCUGCCAAGGCAAGAAUGCGGCGUGAAUUGGAGCUUGAAAAGAAGAAACUGGCUGAGGCUCAAGCCCUUGCUCAGAGAUACAGCGAGCCAACAGAGGUCGUUAAAGAUUCUGCUCCCAUGGUCACAGUUCUGUUCACAUGCCCUGACAUUGACGCUGCAGUACUGCCCAAGGAUGAAAUGGAGCGGCACAUUGAAGAGUUCUUGUUGAUGCAGCUAGCAGAGGAACCAGAGAUGGCGUCGGCUCUUAUGAUUGCCACCCUGAACAAAGAUAAGGAGAAAGUAAAAGUAUGCGUAGAAACUCUCUGCAAAUACUUAGAUAACAUUAUUUCAAAUCCUGGGGAAGAGAAGUUUAGAAAAAUUAGAAUGUCUAAUAAAGCUUUUGUGGAAAGAAUCGCUCCAUUAAGAGGUACUGAAGAAUUUCUGCAGGCUGCUGGGUUUCAGAUAACAAGUUUGCCGUUUGAAGACCGAAAUGAAGAUUUUUAUGAAAUGGAUUCAGAAAAAGCAUCUGAUCAAGAAAGACUGGAGAAUUUGAAGUCUAUUUUAGUUGCCUCUGAGCCAAUAAAACCACAGUUAGAUAGGGCUAUGAAAGUUUUCACUCCAUCGGCCAGAGCCACAAACUUCAAUAUCCCAGACGAAUUUUAUGCUGUUUCAAAGGAGGAAAUGAAGAAAGAACAACAGCGGAAACAGGAGGCUGUGGAACAGUUGGGGAUGUUGAGAACGAAAGCCAUGAGGGAGCGGGAAGAAAGAAAAGAGCUGUUGAAGUAUCGUUAUGCAUUGAUUCGUGUUCGAUUUCCAGAUGGUGUUUUGCUUCAAGGCACAUUUAAGGCCUCAGAAAAACUGUCAGCAGUUAACGAAUUUAUAAGACAACAUCUUGUCAAUGAUUGGAUGCCGUUUACUUUCUGUACACAAGUCGGUUUAAAAUUGGACGACGAGAAUAAAACGUUGGCUGAAUGUGGUCUCACUCCUGCGGCCGUUGUGAAUUUCCAGUGGGACAAAACGGUCAUGAAUGAAGUGACGGCCCAGCAGGGCUCUUCUAAGAGUACAUCUGCACUUAAAGCUGACAUUUUGGCUAAAAUUCAAGACAUGUAAAUUAUCUUCAAAACUAACAGAAUCGUAUUUUUGUCAAUAGAACAGACUGUAAAACUUUCCGAUCCCUAGUCUUUGCUUCCAUUUACAUUCCACAAAAUGUGUAAUAUAUAUGGAUAUGGUUGUAAUCAUGCGGUUGUGUUUCUUCAUUAAGUUUACACUGAUAUAAAACCCAAGUGCAAGAUACAUGUACAUACACACUUGCAGAAAAUAAUGUAUGUUGUGUUGUUGAAUAUAACUUCUAAAAAUGUAUCAAUACCUUUCUUCACAGUAUUUAAUGAAAAUUUAAAAUUGUAA